GCGCGCUUCCGCGAGAAGACUUGACGGGCGUGCCAGCCAAUCGGCAGCCGCAUCUGGUAGCGUCAGGGGCAGGACCACUUGUGAUUGCCUCAGAACUCUGAUGAGAGGCGGUCGCUAGGCGACACCUCGCGCAGCACGUCCGGGGUUCGCGCAUUUCAGCCAAUCGCCUGUCGCUAUAGACCCAGGGGGGCGUGCCACUGGUCGGGGGCCAAUCUGUGGCCGAGGCAGAGAAAACGCGGAGGGAGCAUCCUUUCGCCAAUCGGAAGUGCUAGGAGGCGGGUGUGCCAGUCCGUGGACAGCUACGGCGCCAUGAAUAUUUUGCCCAAGAAAAGUUGGCAUGUCCGGAACAAGGACAAUGUCGCCCGCGUGCGGCGUGAUGAGGCCCAGGCCCGGGAGGAGGAGAAGGAGCGUGAGCGGAGGAAGCUGCUCGCUCAGCAAGAGGCCCGCACAGAAUUCCUACGGAAGAAAGCCAGACAUCAGAACUCGCUGCCUGAGCUCGAAGGGAGCCCAAGUUCUGGCCCUGUGGACCUGUUUCGGGAGCUGCUGGAGGAAGGGAAAGUGACCAGAGGCAAUAAAGAGUACGAGAAGAAAAAGCAACAAGAGAAAGAAAGGCAAGAGAAAGCUCUGGGCAUCCUGACGUACCUGGGCCAGAGUGCAGCAGAGCCCAGACGCAGCCCCUUGGUACCAUCCCCCAACAAGAGGAGACCCUCACCUGGCCCAGGCCCAGAUGAGAAGAUCAAGAGCCGCCGACCUCUGCGGGAGAUGCAGAAGCAUCUGGGGAAGAAGAGAAGGCACAGUGGUGAUGAAGGCAUUCACAGCAGAAAGGACAAGAAGGAAGGGUCUGAGAAACAGCGCCAAGGAGAACCAACCAGCUUUCUAACCUGACUCCAUUCCCCACAGAACCCAUCCCUGGACCGGCUUCGAGCUGAACGUCUCCAGAGGGAAGCAGCUGAGACUCGGGCAGAAGCCUUGCUGGCCCGGGUCCAAGGCCGGGCACCACGAGAGGGUCAGCCGGAGAUGGAAGAGACAGAUGACCGCCUGCGGCGAUACAACUCCCAGUUCAACCCCAGCUGGCCGCGCCCCGACGACAGGACCACCUUGCUCACUGACUCCUGA